CAUGACACGACAGAGACUGCGCAAGCCUUGAUGGGUCAGAGGUGGUGUUUUUGUGAUGACGUCAGCAAGAAGGGGUCGUUAUAUAAAGCCAAGGCAUCCGACCGCCUUUAUUCUCCAAACUUCUCUUUCUGGAAGAGGACGAAACAGACAACGUUGCCAACAUGAGACUGUACCUCGCUGUUGCUGCGCUGAUGCUCGUGCUUCUUGCACACGCAGAGGCACAAGAGGAGCCCACAAUAGAGCAGCACUUUGCCACCUUCCAGACAAAAGUCAUGGAGUUGGGAAAGGAUCUGUCCGAGAAGGCCACAGCUGCAUUCAAGAAGCUGGAGGAGAGCGAGUUUGCCACUAAGACCACGACCUGGUUCAAUGAGCAGAUGAGUAAGUUAAAGGAUGCCUUCAGCCAGUAAACCCACCCACCAUAACCCAAGACCCCUGCAGUCCCAGACGAUGUGAUAUUGCUACGCCUCAUUGUGCUUAACAGAGCCAGCUGUUACAGCCUUCACACUCUGGGAUGACCUGCUCACUUUUUGUAUGAUCUGUGCAAUAUCUAGUCAUUUUCUGUCAUUUUCCAUCAUUGUUGAGUGAUAUCAACGCUGUCAAAUUCAGAAAUGUGCAAAUAAAUUAAAGAAAGAACACA